GAUUCAAGAUUCUUUGUCCUCGAAUUAUUGGGUGCGACAGACUGUUCACAAAGCACAAGCACGUCACAAUGGCUCGACCUCUCGCUCUAUCCAUGUGUCGGUCAUGUCGACAGUCAUACUUCUCUCGCACAUUCUCAAGCACAACCCGCAAGCAAGCUGAGGGAGGCGGCGGGCUUGCCGCACGUCGUGGAAUCCGGGUCGGCGAACCUGAAAAAGAACCCGAAACCAUCGAUACAUUUAUGGAGGCCCUCCGCCAACCCCAACGACAGCAGCAGAAUAGCUCAUCCACCUUAUGGACCGGCGAACUACGCAACAUCGCCCGCAGCGCGCAGGACGAAGCCGCAACACGGCCCAGCUCACGAGUCUCGGCCGACGAGCCAUACCACCUCAACGUCUUUGCACACAAGCACAACAUGCACAUCACAUUUACGGACCCUUCGCGGAACCCCAUCCUUUCGCUAUCCUGCGGCAACAUUGGCCUGCGCCAUGCGCAGCGAAGCACAUACGACGCAUGUUUCCAGCUCGCGGCGUACACGUUUCGUAAGAUGGCAGAGAAGCAGUGGCGUGUGGGAGGCAAGAAGAUGACGCACAAUCCCAUGAAGACGCUGGCGGAUAUCAGGCGGCCGGGUGCGCAGUACGGCGGGACAGGGAUUGAAGUUAUUUUCAGAGGGUUUGGCGCAGGACGAGAGGCAUUUCAGAAGGCUUUGCUGGGCACGGAGGGGAGGAUGAUUAAGCCACUUAUUGCGAAGGUGACGGAUAGCACGAGGCUGAAGUUUGGAGGAACGAGAAGUCCCAAAGUCAGGAGGUUGGGUUGAGCAGCAUUCGUCUUGGUUGUGGUUAUGGUUUUACUGUACAACAGAUGUAUAGAAUCUGUGCGGACGGGAUCAGAAGUUGGCAUGGGGGGGGGGUGAGCUCCGGUCCAUGGCCGUGAGCAAGAGUCACUCGAGCUUAUCAAACUCGAUAUGGCUUGUUCAUAAACGCGAAAUGCGAAUGGAUAACAUUGUGAUGCGA